AGCGCCCCGGCAGACCCAGGUAAGGUUCCUUACAUUUCAAGAUGCCACGCUACGGGACAAUCAUUGUCAUUAAAAGGAAUGGGACUGAUGGAAUUGUUUUUCCACUUACCUCAACUUCUUGUUUAUUUGGAAGGAAAACAGAAUGUGACAUCCGCAUGCGGCUGCCCUGGGUGUCCAACGAGCACUGCAAAAUCGAGAUCAAUGAGAACAAGGAGGCAGUCCUGACUAAUCUAAGCUCGGUGAACCCCACGCAGCUGAACGGAGCUUGCUUUGAGCAGCCUGUUCCCCUGAAGCACGGAGAUGUGUUAACCAUUAUUGAUCGUUCUUUCAGGUUUGAAUAUCCUCUGCAAUCAACACCAGAAAAGGGGCAUUCCAGGUCUUCAAAAGAUGAAACUCUGCAGGUUCUUCAUGUUCAGCAGGUGGCAGAAGUGGAAUUAUCGCACAAACAAACUCCAGGAGCUAAAAGUGUUGAUGCUUCAGAUAAUGCUGAGUGUGAAGAAAAAAAUACCAAUGAAAAUAAACAAACUCCAGAGAAAAAUCUUCCCGAAGCUUUCCCUGUCAAACUCCAAACACCCAAAUCUUCACAGAGAAUUCAUCGUGUUCUUAAAAAGCCAAAUGAAAUGUCUCCCUUUAGUAAACUCUAUGAAAGUGUGAAAAAUGAUCUGAAAGUGGAAAAAUCUUUGCACAGGAGAAGUGCCUCCCGGCAAGCUGCAAAAGGAGACCCUGGCAGUGUUGUGCCAGAACCACGUGCUCCCAUUUCAUCCCUGAGUUGUCUUUUUGAUCUGGGCAGCCUGGCUAAAAGAAAGGAAUCGGGCAGGAUGGAAAAUAUUGAAACAUGUGUAAUUGUGAGGCGAGAAGAAGAAAACAGCCCAGGGUUUAACCAGCUGUCAACUGGGGGAAGAACUCCCAGGAGGAGUUUUACCAGGAGUUCUCAAGCUCCCAUUUCAAAGGAGGUGUCAGGAGAUGCCAGUCAGAGUCCAUUGCAGGAUCCCAAGGAAUUAGGGACACCAGGCAGAUCCAGAGGUGCUGCAGUUACACCCACACCCAGCAAGAAGAACCACAGGAGCCCCUUGGUUUUGGUGGAGCAGUGCUCCAUAGAAAGGCUUGAGUAUCCAAUUCAAGGGGCAGUGUUCACCCCCAGCAUCUGCAGUGUUCUUAAAGGAGGAGCACCAACGCCCAGGAGGAAGAGUCCUUGGUCUCUUUUUGUGUCACCUCCCAAAGAAACCAGUGGAAUGAAUCCUGGAAAUCCUGACACUCCAAGGACUCCUCGGCGUGGGUCGUUGAAACUGAAAUCGCUUCCAGAAAUCCCAGUUGGAGCUCCAAGGGAAGAUCCAGAGUGCAGAAUUGAUAACACACAACUGCCUUUGCCAGAAGACAAAUGCUUAAAGCAAAGACGAAACAGCAAACAACAAACACCAGGAAAACCUGUCCAAGAGGUGCUUAAAGAAAUCUGGGAUCAGACAAACCUGGAUAACUCAAAGGUGGGACAUUGUGAAACCCCUGCCUCUCUCUCUAAUUCCAGAAGUCCCAAAAGUAGGAAAAGUAAAGAAUUCUUGGACAAAAGUGCCUGUUCAGAGGCACUGGCUACAGAAGGGGUGUUGGCAUCUCCUGCUGGUCAGACACCUGGAAGGAAAAGGGGGAGGCCAAGGAGCUCUGGAGUGCUGGCUGAAACAGCCCUGGAGACAAACACUGCUCAGGAACAGCACAAAUCAGGCAGAAAAGCCAGUGGAAUUCCAGCAGAGCAGGCCAUGGACAGGUGUCCCCAAAACCAGGACUUGGAAGAUGCCAGUGCUACAAGACCUCGGAGAUCAUCAGCUAAGAGAAGAUCUGAAAGUGCUGCUGAACUGAGAGACACUGAGCCUGCCUCAGAAACCACAACUUUUGGCCUCUUGAAUGGAGAAGACUCAGGCAAGACAAAAAGAACCUCUCAGAAGAGGAAAAGUGGUGAAAUGCUCCCUCAGACAUUGGGCAAAAGAAAGAGAGUGUCCUUUGGUGGUCAUCUGAGUCCAGAACUCUUUGAUAAAAGUUUGCCUCCCAACUCUCCCCUGAAAAGAGGAGCCCUCCCUGCCAGGUGGAGUUUGCCCCAUGGAAACUCUCCUCGGGCUGUGCUCAAAAAGGCUCAGGGCUUGAAGCACUUGAUAGAUCAGGAAGAAAAAAGGUCACCCAAAAAUUCCCCAACCCAGCAGCCCCCAGGUGCCUCAUCCCCUGUCUCAACACCCAAAAUCCCUUCAGGCUCUCCAGCCCCCUUCAGGAAAGGGCGUUUCUCCAUCUCCCAGCCCCCCACACCUUUCCCAAUUGCAGAGGAGAAGGAUGCUGGCACAGAGGACAUGGACCCAGAGGGGAUGAGCGGUGUCCAAGGGAAAACCCCAAAAUCUGCUCCUGCUGCCCAAGAUGCCAAAGCCUUGGUGACAAGGACAGCUGCCAAGUCAGCCAGAGGUGCCCAGCUGGCUUUGAAGGGCUCUGCCAUGAAGAGCAGAGGUGGGGCUGUGGCUGUUAUCAGUGCCAAGAGGAGAAGUGGUGCCUCCAGCGCCAAUUUAUUAGUUGCAAAAUCUUGGGCAGAAGUGGUAAAAUUGGGGGUUGCAAGACCACAGACAAAGACUGCUAAAAAAAGUGUCCGUAAAGGAAGAGGCCUGAAGAAGACAAACCACCCACCAAAGACUACAGAGAAGAAAAUAAAAGGUCACUUCAGCACAGGUCAUGCAGAGUCACCCGCUACCAUAGUUGUAGGUAGAGCUUAUUCCACCACAGUUGGGUCAGCUGGACACGUCCCUAAAGUGGUAAAAAAUCCCAAGCUGAAGAUAAGCAUGGAUAUGGAUGAAAGUUUCACAGGAGUGCCUGAAAUGUUCCAAACUCCAGAAAAUCAGGGAGGAAGAACACUUCCUUUGGCUGCUGCUCAGAAUGCUGAUGUUACACCACCAUGGGCUGCAGGGGACAUUUCUGACUUGCACACUCCUGAGGAAUCUGGAGAGAUGAUGGUGUCACCAUUAAAUAAUUCAGAUGCUUCAGAGCAGAAGCAAGCAAGUCCAGGCAUAUGCCACCUCCUGAGAGAGGAAUCAUCUCCAUCUAUGUUUGAUGAAAUAGCCACAAAAACUCCUGAAAAUAGAAAAGCUGUGCACAAAGAUAGUGUGGGUAAUUUGGCAAUAAUUCCAGAAAAACCAGCAUCUCUUGUGAAAUCAGGAAGUAAAAAGAGGACUCCAAAGCACAAAUUGGAGCCAGUUGAGGUCAUGUCAAGCAAAAGGAAGAUUUUAAGGACUCCUGAGCAAAGGUCAGAGCCAGGAGAGGUUUUGUUUUCAUCUCUGGAAUCAGGAAGUAAGAGGAAGACUCCAAAGCACAAGUUAAAGCUACUUGAGGUCAUGUUAAGCAAAGGGAAGAUUUUGAGUACCCUUGAGCAAAGAUCAGAACCAGAAGAGGAUCUCAUGAAGACCCCACGGCGGAAGCCAGAGUCAGUGGAGGACCUGUCAGGCAUUAAGCAGCUCCUGAGGACCCCGCAGCAAGAGCUAGUACCACUGACAGAUGAAAAUGCCUUGAAAAGGCUGCUGGAGACUCCAGUCGAGAGCAGAGAAGCAGAAAAAUCUGUGCCAGGUGUGGCUUCAACCAAGAAAACCCCAAAGCUGAAACCCCAGCCCGUGGAAGACAUGGUUGGGAUCCGCCGCAUUUUCCAGACGCCAAAGGAAAAGGUGGAACCCGUAGAAAACAUGUUUGGAAUUAGCAGAUUAAUGAAGUCUCCUAAAGAGAAAUAUGAACCAGUUGAGGAUUUUGUGGGGCUGCAAAGGCUCAUGGCAGAACGCAGACAGAAAUAUUUUGAUUCUGAGGUGGACUAUGCUGGAGUGACUGAAAUGUUUGGCACCCCAGAGGAAAUGAAGGUCAGAUCAGUAAAUGUUACGGAUUCUCAGGGAGAAAUUGGUUCUAAUUCCAGUCAUAAACAUGAAAAGAGAGGAAGAUUUUCCCAAGGUGAAGAUUCUCAACAGAAGGACUCAACUGGUGAAGAGCAGCCUACCCAGAGACUCAGAAGGGGCAGAUCCAGGAGGGCUCUACCUCCUGCUGCAGCAAAGCCAAGUGAAAAUGGUGUGAGUUUAGAGUUGCAGAGUCCUGACACCCAAGAGGAGAUGGAAGUGAUCACACCUGAAAACAAGGGAAGAGGAAGGAGGACAAAGCAUUGCACACAAGAAGUUGUUCCAAAGUGCCCUGAUCAGCAGGGGCUUGACCUUGUUUCAUCUGUGGAACCACCUGGAGCUGCUCAGAGACCAGGGAGAGGUAAAAGGAAAGAGCUGAAGGAGUCAAAACAUCCAAAUGAAAAUCUGGAGUCCUGUGUUGAAGAUUCCUCAGUGCUACAAAAAGCACCUGCAAGUACCAAACAGAGUUUGCAGGACUGUGGCAUCAAUGAAACUGAAGAUGAUCCAGGCACAAAGACAGGACCUGGAAACAUUCAGAGUGAAACUUGUCAGCUGCAAACAGAUUUAAAUGAUCCUGAUAGCAAAGCUAUUGAGAGUGGGAUAAAGAACAGUGAAGAAGUGUCACUGAGGAGGAGGCGCAGAGUAAUGGAAGACACAGAACCAGUGAUUCCACCAAAAAGGAGACGAGCAAGGGACAACCAAGGUAAAGCAGCUUCUCCAGGAGGCCUUCAUGGAACAACCAGAAAGCUUCGUAAAGACCCAUCCCCAAACAUUUCACAAAGACAGGAACAGGCUUGUGACAAAGCUCCUGAGGCUGUCACAGCACAAGAAUCUGAAAGUGGCACUAAACUUGAACUAAAGGCAACAGAGACAAGAGUUAAGUCUUUUAGAAGCACUAGAAACAGAAAGCACUCAGCUGAAAUAAAAGCUGACACUCGUGGGGUUGCACUUGAAAAUCCACAAAACAUUCAGAAAACUGAGGAAACAUCAACUGAAACUGAUGCUGAAAUGCAAUCCCACGUGAAAAAUGGGAUUAAAGGAUCUCAGGGAUCAGAAACAGAAAAUGCUCAGGAAAAUACAACACAGGCAGCUCGAAGAUUAAAGGCAGAGUCACCUUCUGCAGAGACAAACAAAAUGCCAGUCAGUGCUCAGAACUUGGAAGCAAACAGGGCUAGAAACAGGAGAGGCAAAAAAGACUCUUUGGAGCAGAGAGCUGAUGAAUUUACUGAAAAUGUGAACAGCCUAAAACCAAUUACUCCCAAAUUUAAAUCAGAAACAGAAGUGGAUGAAUCUUCUCUCCAGGAUUCUGUGGGCUCUCUUCGUGUCAGUGCAGCCCAAGGCAGGAAGGAGCAGCCCAGCCCAGGUGCCACAUCAGCCCCUGCUGCAGACAGUGCCAGGCCUGCUCAGGGCACUCAAAGGAGGACGAGGAAUGAACGAGGAAUACUUACAGCAAAGCAAACUCAAAUCCUGCAGGGGAGUCCAGCACAAAGAAAUGCAGUGAUGUGUAGAAGAGGAACAGGUAAAAAAGUUAAUUUUCAGCUUGAAGAAGGCAGUUCCAAAGCAGCUGAAGGAAAAAGUUUACCUCAGGGUGAUGAAGGGGUGACUGACAAAGAUAAUCAACAUGAGAAUUCCGAAAAUGCUCCUUCACAGGGAAGGAGGAGCAGGAGAAAGCAACUUGACUCCAUCCCACAAAAAGCUAGUCCUGCCUUCAUGGAAAAACAAGCAUUAAGUGCAGAUCACAGGAAAGAUGAGGCUGCUGUACAAGAGCCAGGAUCAGCUUUGGAGGCUGCUCCUUCUUCAGCAGAGGACAACCCACCGAGGCGGGGGAGGAGACGUGAGGUGGCUGCAGCAUCACAGACCAGAUCUCCUUCUGUCAGAACGAGACGUGGGCUGCUGCAAGGUGAUGCUAAAAAAAUGGCAGAGAGAGAAGAGGAAAACCCAGCUCUGGCUAGUAAAACUUUACAGGCAAAAGUAAAUGCACCAGCAAGGGACAGAAGGAACAAGAUGGAUCCGGCAGCAGAGGCAAGAAGUUCAUCUCCUCUGCAGAGAAAAUGUGGCUUGUCAAAGACUAAAGAUAAGGGUACUGAUGAAGAACAAAAUGUGCCUUUGGAAGCAGUGUCCUGUGCAAAGGAGAAGCCAGCAGGAAGGGGCAGAAGGAAAGAAACUGCUCUGGCACCACACACAACCAAUUCCAUCUCUCUUCGAGGGAAACGUGGGUUGCCAGCAGGUGACGGAGAAGAAGCUCCCAAAGAAGUGCCGAAUGUUCUCUUAGAAACUUGUGAUCCAUCUGGAAAAGAAAAUCAACUGAGAAGAGGCAGGAGAAAGGAAAUCGCCCUUCUGAUAGAAGCCAAAAGUUCUAUUCAGGGAAACCAGGUCCUGUCAAAACAAAGUGGUAAAAAAAAUAACAAUAAGGAAGCUAAACAGAACUUGGACAAUUCUCAAGAAAAUAUGGGGCUUGUAAAAGGGAACUCAAGGCAAGCAACCACUUCACUGGCUCUUAGUCCCACCUCACUUCAGGGUUUGCCAGAAGAUAGUAAAGACAGAAUUCCUGAAGAACAAAGUAAACUUUUGGACGUAGCUCCACCUGCAAAAGAAAAUCCAUCAAGAAUGGGCAGGAAGAAAGCAGCUUCUUCCACUUCUGAAGAAACAAGUUCCACUUCUCUCAGGGGAAAUCCCAACCUGCCCAGAGGUAGAGGUCAGAAGAGGAUUCUUAAAGGAAGUGAAGAUGCAUCUCCAGAAAAUAAUCCAUGCCAGGGAAGAACAAGGCAGUUGAGAAAUGGGAGGAAGGUGGAAGUCCCACUGGAGGCAGCUACUUCUGCUCCUCAUAAAAGCAGUGGCUUGGCAGAAAAUGGCAACACUCUGGGAACUCAGGGUUUGAGUGGAGCAUCCACUGGUUCUGAAGAGAAUCAGUCUGGAAAAGGCCAGGAGGGUGACCCUGCUCCACAGGCAGCCCCCACCUCUCGCAGAAGGAAGUGCCAGCUGCCAGCAGAGGAUGUGGCACCCAAAAAAUUAAAAUCAGGGAAUGAUGAAAAUGGGUCUCUCCAAAGAGGAAGAAGAAACAAAACUAAGCUUGGAGAAGAGGAUGCAAGGGCAGCUCAGACCACUGGAGGGAUGGAGAAGAGGACAAGAUCCAGCACAAGAACAAGGAAAUAG